CAUAACUUUAACCAUGCACGUGAUUUACCAAGGAGGAAGGUAUUUAAUGAACGGAUGUGUACAACGAGGAAAAACAUGGGAUUGUAUUGAUACAAUUUAAAAACGGAAUAAAGUGUUACAAAUGAAAUUGUUUUCCUUGAAAUAUAUCCAGGUCUACGCACAAUGGAGCCAAGAUAUGACUACCUAUUCAAACUGUUACUUAUUGGUGACCCUGGAGUUGGAAAGACCUCGCUUCUUCUGCAAUUUGGAGAUGGCACAUACUCAGAGAAUCAUAUAGGAAUAGAUUUUAAACUACGAACAAUUAAACAAGACGACAAAAUUAUAAAGUUGCAAAUAUGGAACACUGCCGGUCAGGAAAGAUUCCGAACUAUUACAUCUAGUUACUACAGAGGUGCCCGCGGCCUGUUUGUUGUUUAUGACGUCACAAACCAGUUAUCUUUCAACAAUUUGAAUGAAUGGUUUGAUGAAAUUGAUAAACAUGUCAGUAAAGAUGUCAUAAAGGUACUUAUUGGCAACAAAAUGGAUAUGGAGACAGACAAAGUUGUAGAUUAUACCGCAGCAGAGGAAUAUGCUAAACAGUUAGAAGUCCCAUUUUUGGAGACCAGUGCCAAGGACGGUACUAAUGUAGAACAAGCUUUGAUGACGAUGGCCACAGAAAUCAAGAACAGAAUGGGACCAGCUCCCUCAGACUCACCCGAUAGCAAGCCGAGUGUUAAAAUUAACGCUAGCAACCCUGUCAAGCAAUCAAGGGGUUGUCAUUGACUGUAGUCAGUGUAUAUUUAAUAUCAUCAUGACCUGUUACGCGAGUGGCAUUUAGUUUAGGUCAGCUGAUUGUAUGCAAUUAUUUCUUGCCAAAUUAGGAAAGAGUCUCUUAUGAGAGGGCCCAGGAAACUGUUGAUUGAUGCAGUUGGCCGAGGACAACUAAACAGCUAGUUUUCUGUAUCUUCUUCAUUACUGAGGCCAGUAGUUUAAUUGGUGUCCUAUUGUUUAUUUAUAGCAUAAUCUACUUCGAUUUGACGGGAUAACAGUUUGUUGCUUGACCGGGAAAUAGUUUAUACCGUGACUGGGUUAAAUUUUAUCACGUGAUUGUAAUUAUAGUAAUUCAUGCGAUAAUCUGUUUCACUCUUUCUUGUUUUGUCUAGGUUUUUCUGUUAAUUAAAACAGAACCAAUGUGUAAGUUCAAUUCAUUGAGUAGAUUAUAUAUAUAGUUGUUCUUUCUCUCCCUCUCUUAAUACUUUUAGACUAAAUACCUGGUACU